GGGCGGCGGGUGCGGCCUGGCGGUGGAGAGGGUAGGGAGUGCGCACUUGGGCGUCGGAGUGCUGGCGCCCUGGACAAGUCGGCCCCCGGCGACCCGCUUUGUGGCCGGUAGUUGCUCUCUCGAGCGAACCGUCAAAACCUGCAAGACACUCACCUGCGGUAGAGCGUUUCAUAUAAACCCAUUGGGAGAGCCGAUCUGCGGGAGUGAGAGAUGGAUACCAACUCAAAAGACAGCGAGCCUCUUGAAAUCAACGAGUCUGCUAUUCCUGGUGCUGAAAGUACCUCUUUAAUUUUGGGAAAUGGGAAGCUUGUAACUCCUCACAAGCAUGCGCCUGAAGGGACUCCUAAUGGUUGCACACCAGAUACUUUUAAGUCACCCUUGGACUUUUCCACAGUAACAGUAGAGCAACUGGGAAUUACACCUGAAAGCUUUGUAAAGAACUCUUCAGGAAACUCACCAUCCUCCCUGAAAAAAUCGAGACGACGCUCUACGAUUGGUGCUCGGGGCUCCCCUGAAACAAACCAUCUUAUUCGUUUCAUUGCUCAGCAGCGGAAUUUAAAGAACGUGGAGAAAUCUUUGACACAGAAUUCCCCUUUUCUGGGCAGUCCUGUACUGCGUCGAAAUGUUAAUUCUUUAAGAGAGCGAAUGUCCGCCUUCCAGUCAGCUUUUCACUGCAUAAAGGAGAAUGAAAAAAUGACUGACUUUCCCGAAGUCUCAGAGGCAGAAGGAGAAGUCACGACAACAGGCUUGACCAAAAAGGAAAGGCUUGGGCAGUGUCCACAGUUUGAGUUCUCUGCAGAUUUAUCUUCCAAACGUCGAAGGAUAUCCUCUCAGAGCAACUCUGAUGAAAAUCUCCCUGACGCAGUUGAUCUCCAGAUAUCCCGUAGAGCCCCUUCUCCUAAUACAGGCACAAUGUGUGCUGUUGAAACUUCUCCUGCAGAUUUUUCUGAGAAAUCUUUUGAAUCUGGUUUAACGCAGUCUGGAUAUUUGGUUGAAGAGUCUGUUUCACUUUCAGAUCUCACAGAAGCUUCAAGUGGAGUCAAGGUUGCUGAGUGUGUAGAGGGCGAAAGAUCAAGUGUUGCUGUUUCCCUUGACAACUUGACGGAAGUGAGCACAGACACCACUCCUGAAGGCAGGUCACUGGUCACUCCACUCUGCAAGAGGGACGUUGCAUCCUCUGAGACCUUCGUACUUCGUUCGGUGCUAAAGAAACCCUCUGUUAACCUGUUUCUAGAAAGCCUGCAGGAACACUGUGACAAUCUCUGUGAUGACGGGACUCAUCCGAGCUUAAUCUCAAAUCUUGCAAACUAUUGCAAAGAACAAACAACGGAAGGUCAAGAAAAUUGUAAAGUGCCAGCGUUUCUAAAUGUCAGGAAGAGGAAGAGAGUUACUUUUGGAGAGGAUCUAAGCCCUGAGGUGUUUGAUGAGUCUUUGCCAGCAAAUACUCCGUUGCGUAAAGGAGGAACACCUGUUCGCAAAAAGGAUUUGAGUAAUGUCAGUCCCCUGCCACUCGAGCAAUCACCAGUUCCUGCACAGUUAUCACAACCAGAUUUUGAUGACAAGGGGGAGAAUCUUGAAAACAUAGAACCUCUUCAGGUGUCAUUUGCCGUUCUGAGUCCUCUCAAUAAGUCUUCAAUCUCUGAGACUCUUUCAGGCAUUGAUACCUUUAGUUCUUCAAAUAACCAUGAGAAAACAGCCUCCCAUAAAGUUGGUAGAAUCACACGGGCCUCUAACCGAAGAAGUCAAUUGAUCACUUUUGCAGAAGAGGAGGUUUGCAACUUACUUCAUACAGAAGCUCAGCCCUGUAAAGAAAAGAAAAUUAAUAGGAGGAAAUCUCAGGAAAGCAAGCACACAGAAAGAGUGCGUCCUAAAAAGAACCAAGCUUUAAAAAGUUGCAGAAAGAAGAAAGCAAAGGGAAAGAAAAAUAUUCAAAAAUCUUUAUACGGGGAAAGAGACAUCGCUUCCAAGAAGCCGCUCCUAAGUCCUAUUCCCGAGCUGCCUGAGGUCUCGGAGAUGACGCCUUCCGCCCCAGGCGCCGGAACGAUGCGUUCAGAUGAUUUCGACUCCAGUGGUGAACUUCAAGAAGCAAAGCUUCCUCAAAGGAAGCCUCAGAAGCCAGAUUUGCAGAUGAGUCAAGGUUUUAAUAAGUACGAUCUGUCUGCACUCUGCAGCUCUCACACCAAACGUUCCUCGCCGCUUAUUAACGCUACUUUAGAGCAAGAUUUAGAUAUAAAUACCGUAGAAGCUAGUAAACAUAAAACUCUUCCAAGAGCGGAAAUUAAGUCAGAAAGUGAAAAUGACCUGAAAGCUGGCUCUGAGAAUGAGAGCAGUCGUGUUUCCUGUGAUUCUGUGACCGCAAAGGUCCCGGCAUCCGAUGAUGCGGGAUCCAGUAUUAUCCUGCCGUCCCGGGAAUUGGCUGCCGCUGGCCAAAAUGUGGAAAACCUUUUUCAGAUCUUUAAAAUUUCAGAAGAUAUGAACAUAAAGUAUGAAAAGCAGGAUGACUCUGUUAUAGCUCCAGAAGGGAAACCGCCGACCACACGUGUAAUGUCUGGCUUACAAAAAGACAUCUUCCUUGACAAUAUGAAAGAAAGUACAAAUCCGAGCGAGGGUUCGGGAAGCAGCUGCACAGAGAGUGAAAGCACUGGUACGAACGGGGGAGGAAAGAAGCAUAGAAGACGUUCUAUGUGUUACUCUGGCGGCCAGAGUUUCGAUUCGGAAAAAAACGGAAAUCCCAAACCUCCCUACCUGGUGAGCAGCCCUGUAGAAAUUGGUUUAGAAAAUUCUGAACUCUAUAAAGAUUUAUCUGACUCCAUAGAGCAGACCUUUCAGAGAACGAGUAGGGAAACAAAAGUAAGACGGAGCACCAGGCUGCAGAAGGAUCUGGAAGAGGAAGGGCUCGUCUGGAUCUCACUUCCAUUUCCUUCCGCUUCCUGCACUUCCCAAAGAAUGAAAAGGAGAACAAUAUGCACAGUGGACAGCAGAGGCCUUGAAAGCGUGGCCCUCUGUAAAGACCCCAGGUCUUCUGGACACACCCCGAGCGCGGCACCCCCCGUGUCGGGUAAAGACAGGGAGGGCUUGGCCGCCAGUGCGGCCAGUUUACCUGGGAGGAGGAGGAAGAGCUUGUGGACGUCCGCACCCGUGAACGCAAAAGGUCCCUUUCUGGCAAAAUGCUGCAAGAGAAGAAGCUCUCUCCCCCAGAGCGGAGAGAGCUCUCUAAGGGACGUCCAAGGAGUCGGGCACGUCGGGAACUAAAGCGGUAACUGGCAUUUCCUGAAGAACGUUCGGGGCCGCAGAGAAGGUAAACCCCCCCCACCCCAUGCUCAGAACAUUUCUUUCACCCCGCCUCUCCUCCCCUGUUCAAAGUUUCAAAUAAAAUCAUUUGACGUGAACCUCUCUGUAA